UCUCUUUACCCCAUAGUUCUGUCAUUUGAUUCAUGUUCUCUCCCUCUCUCAAUCGCAGCGGAAGCCGGUCGAGCAAGACCUUCAAGCCCAAGAAGCACAUCCCAGAGGGCACGCACCAGUAUGACCUAAUGAAACAUGCGGCGGCCACACUGGGCUCUGGCAACCUGCGUGCAGCUGUCAUGCUGCCCGAGGGGGAGGACCUCAAUGAAUGGGUGGCUGUCAACACCGUAGACUUCUUCAAUCAGAUCAACAUGCUGUAUGGAACUAUAACGGAGAUGUGUACUGAGGAGUCGUGUCCGGUCAUGUCUGCAGGUCCAAAGUAUGAGUACCAUUGGGCAGAUGGUCAGACUGUCAAGAAACCCAUCAAGUGUUCAGCACCCAAAUACAUAGAUUACCUCAUGACAUGGGUACAAGACCAGCUUGAUGAUGAAGCUCUUUUCCCCUCAAAGAUAGGUGUUCCAUUUCCAAAGAACUUCCCAAGUAAUGCCAAGACAAUACUGAAACGGCUCUUCAGGGUGUAUGCACACAUCUACCACCAACACUUCAGUGAAGUGGUACAGCUUGGGGAGGAAGCACAUCUUAAUACAUCCUUCAAGCAUUUCAUAUUCUUUGUCCAAGAGUUCCAGUUGAUAGAACGGAAAGAACUGGCCCCCCUGCAGGAGCUGAUUGACAAACUAGCGGCCAAGGACCGAUGAUUUAACCUGUAAAAUGUAUAAAAAAGGACUUCCAGGGAAGUGAAUAAGGCGGUAGGAAUGAGGGUCUGUAUUCCGCUGCUGUUGUCUCAGAUUGAAGCUGGAUUUGCUCUCUUACAUGGUCAUCUUAUCUAACUGAAGAAGUCAAAUAUAUAAGCAGUGUAAGGUUUGAGUAUUUCACUACUGUAUUUAUUGGAAGAGCCCCAUCCAUGAUAUUUCACUUUAUAGGAAAAAAAGGGGGAAGAGCUUAGACUGUGUGGGGCAGUUGAGGGUGGUUGUGGGGAGGUGGGGAACUUGGUGGUACAAAGGGGUACUGGGGCAAAAUUAUGUUGGAAGAGGAUGUAGAGGAGACUCACCAAACUGGCUUUGGAGUGAGAGUGGCAUUUUAGGUACAUUUGAGAAUUUCCAGUAAAAUAAGAAUAGUUAGAUUUUUUUUUCCUUUUUUCCUUUUUUUAGAUAGAAAGAUGAUAGAAUGUAACAGAUCCAGAUCCAGACAGAGGAAAAUUAUGGUAUUUUGUUCUGAAAUGGUAGAAAAGUUAUUUCUGGUUUCAAAAGAAGAGGCAUAUAGUAUGUUGGGGGAAGUAAAUAGAUACAAAAGAGAUGCCUUAUGUUUCAUGCUUCAGGUCUGCUUGUUGUACUUAUUAAGGCUAGAAUGUUGUUUGCAAUAGAAAGGUUUCUGUUGGUCAUUUUGAGCAAGGACAUGAUGGUCAAAUUAUCUUAAUGAGCCUUUUGAUUUUUGAUUGUAUUUAUAUUUCUUUGUUAAGAGGGAGAGGUUAAAUCAUGUGCUGAAUUGAACUAACAUAAAUUUGAUUUAUAUUGUACUGAGAACAGUAGACACUGAAAUAAAGUUCUUUUCAGCUUGAAAAAGUGUAUUGAGAUGAUAUUGUUGUGAUUAUUAUUAUGAGGAUUUGAUUAUAAUUUUUGUUCAUGUGAUUUUGGUAAUGAUGAUGAUAAUGAGGAUGAUAAUUAUGAUAACAGUGAUUAUGAUUCAAGAUUGCAAAUAAUCAAACUUUUAUUUACAACAUCUCCAGUAUAUGUAUUCUUAGUAGAUAAGAUUCAGUACAUCCCUUGUGCAAUUUUA